AGGUUAUGUCAAAGUGUUAUGUGAUUUUUGACAAACAAAUCGAAGAACCGGAUCAAAAGUGACUUUGAAUUAGAUUUUUUCACAAAAUUUCAAAAAUUACACCAAAUAAAAUAUAAUGUUGCGAAAUAGUUUAAUCAGCUUGGUGCGACAGUCAAACUGUGUAAACACGUCCCGCAGUUUGUACUCCGCGUCGGUGCUGGGCCUAGAUGGGUACCGGAGCUACCGGGAGAAGACGCGCACCCAGCACCUGCACAAUGUGGACAACUUCAAGCGCAAGAUGAAGGAGUUUGUGGCGGCGUCCGCCACGAACAUGGUCUUUACGGAGGAUUUGAAGAACAUCAUCCACCUGGCCGAAGAUACGCCCGAGGACAAACAGCUGCUGGUCGAUAUGCUGGAAAAAUACAACUCCCAGGCCCAGGAGCUGCGCUUUGGCAACUACGUGUUCGGACCGGUGGUGAUGCGGGCCCUGUACGUCCUCAACGACCCGGCCCUGGCGCUGAAGCUGUUCAAGGACGAAAAGUACGCCGGAUUCUUCGACCAGCUCACGUCGUACCAAAUCCUGGGCGAUCUGCUCUUCGAACGGGGCCACUAUGCGGACGUGCGGCAGGUGUUCGACCUGGUCAAGAGUCGCCAGGUGCAGGGUGGCCGCUACCCGAAGCACUCGAUCACGCUGACCUUUGCCGCGUGCCACAAGGAAAACACCCCGGAGGCGUUCCAGUACGCGAUGGACCUGUGGAAGGAGCUGAACGCCGUUGGCCACGUCCCGAUGAGGAAGGCAACGGCGUACGCGGCCGCGCUAGCGUUGAACCAGAACCAGCCGGGCAUCGCGCUGGAGAUCGUCGGCACCGUUACGAAGGGCAACUACGUAACGAUCCGACAGCUGAAGAUCCUCGCCCUUAUCGCGAUGGAACGCCUCGAGGACAUUGUCCCCAUCUUCCGGCUGGUGCUGGAAAUCGGCGGCCCCCUCGAGCGCAAGCAAACCUUCUGCCGGGAGGUGAUUGCGAAAGUUGAAGCGGCGAUAGGUGCGACCAAAACGGAGCUGCCCCAGGAUCUUUCCCGCAUGCUGGAGUAUCUGGAGAAGAACGGCCACAUAACGGACACGACGUUGGACGAACUGCUGUGUCAGGAGAUUGCAUCGACCGCGCAGAAGAAGGAUCCGAACGCGAGCAAUCUGGCGGACAGCUACCGGAGUCGCGGUGGGUCGCAGAAUCUGCGGAACUAUGUGCCCAAGAAUCAGCGGUCGAGGUUUACGCGUCCCGGGCUGGCGGAGAUGAGUUAGAGUGCGCGUGGUAGUUUGUAGAAAGUGGCGAUAAUAAAUGUGGUAAACUGAA